CCUAGAUGAAAACGUCACUAACUCAAAAUAUACUUAUACUGAGUUAGUGCCGUUUUCGAAAUCCCGGCAUGAAUACCUACGCGGAGGUAAAACUCCCAUAUCGCUACUUCGACCGUUGUCGAAAAAUGGCGCGAAACUUUGCUUUACUUGAAUGACCUUACGCGGGAUGGCGCGAAUCAUACUCCGCCAUUUUUAGUUGUCACCCGGCUGUCGCGAGAGAAAGACGGUUACAUAGUGGCGUAUUUUGAGUUACUGGAGUUUAUGUGAAAUUAAUAAGGAAAAUGAGAAGCCGGGGGCAAGUAAUGUUGGAUCUCGUCAAUGCAGAAAUACAGAUUCUCGACGGGGAGUCAACUAAUAGUGACGAACGACGACGAGUUCCUAAACGAAAAUAUACCGUAUCACCCGUCCACAGCGGCGACGGGAGCGAUUUUGACGACUCGGACAUAGACCCAAACUACCAAAAUCCUGUACCGAAACGAAAAAUAAUUUUCUCCCCUUUGCGUAAGUCUCCUACUACUCCCCCAUUACCACGACCUCGCUCUCUGUCAUCAUCGUCUACCAGUUCGAGUUCAUCGAGCAGUUCAAGCAGCAGCUCUAGCAGCAGCUCCAGCAGCAGCUCCAGCAGCAGUUCAAGCAGUAAUAAUAAUAAUUUAAAUAAUAAUACCGAAGAAAAUUUAGCACAGGAAAUAGUACAGGGUAAGAAAAAACUGCGGAAGCCAGAAACAUGGAAAGCUAACGUAGUCAAAGCUCUUAAAAAUUCGGGUAAGGCGUAUAAAUCCCGUGGUAAACUGAAAAAAGAUAUUCCCGCUCGCAAAAUGCGACCACCUUGCGGAGAAAAAUGUCGUUUCAAAUGCAGUACAACACUCGAUACAACUACUCGUCAAAAGCUUUUUGAUGCAUUCUGGGGAUUAGGUGACCUUCAACGUCAAAGAGAGUACAUUGUGCGACAUUCUCAUGAAAUCAAGCCUAAAUAUCGAUACACAAGCACAAAUAACUACCGAGCUCUAAAUACGGCCUUCUAUUUUGAAGAAAAUAACUCGCGCGUUCGUGUCUGUAAGAGCUUUUUUAAGGCAACUCUUGACCUGGGAGAUCAAGCAAUUAAAACAGCAUUAGUUAAAAAGACGGAAACUGGUUUCAUAGAGGAAGAAAAAAGAGGGAAACAUAAAAACCAUCCUACGUUAGACCCUGCAGUUAAAGAGAGUGUUGUUAAUUUCAUCAACUCUAUUCCUCGUGUAGAAUCGCACUAUCUAAGAGCUCAAACUACACGGGAAUACAUUCAAAGCGACAGGUCAUUAGCAGAUAUUUACCGAGAUUAUAAGGAUUUACGGCAAGCAAGUAACUUACCAUUUGCUUCUGAAUCAACAUUCCAGCGGAUAUUCAACUUUCAGUUUAACAUUGGAUUUUUUAGUCCAAAAAAAGAUUUAUGUGACUUGUGUGAGAGUUAUAAAAAUGCAAACGCCGAUGAAAAAUUAAAACUGCAACAAAGCUAUGAACAGCAUCUACUUGAGAAGGACAUGGCGCGACGUGAGAAGGAAAAAGAUAAACAAGAAACAGGUGCUAUAGUAGCUGUUUAUGAUUUACAAGCUGUUUUGCAGCUUCCGAAGGGCCAAGUAUCGUUGUUUUUUUAUAAAUCUAGGAUAAAUUGUUUCAAUUUUACAAUAAGUGAUUUGUAUGCAAAGAAUGUAGACUGUUUUUUUUGGAAUGAGACUGAAGGAAAGCGUGGUGCGGUAGAAAUAGGAAGCUGCGUUUUAUCCUUCAUAGAAAUGCAGUUAGAUAAGCAGCCUAGUGGGGACAUAGAUCUGAUUUUUUAUUCAGAUAACUGCUGCGGGCAACAAAAAAACAAAUAUCUGUUAACUGCUUAUGCUUAUGCUGUUUUUAAUAUGAGAGUGAAAUCGAUCACCCACAAGUUUUUAAUUAGAGGUCAUUCCCAAAAUGAAGGGGAUAAUGUUCACAGUGUAAUAGAAAAACAAGUGAAAAGGUACAUCAAAUCCGGUCCAAUUUAUACACCGUUACAGUAUAUUACAUUGAUACGAACUGCUAAAAAAUCUGGACCAGCUUAUAAAGUGCAUGAAAUGACCUAUGACCGCUUUUAUGACUUGAAAACUUUACAAGAAGCUUGGGGAUCAAAUUUUAAUAUGGAUGAAAAUAGCAAUCAAGUAAAAUGGCAGGAAAUUAAAGUCCUCAAAGUUGAAAAGGAUAGUCCCAUGUCAUUUUUCUAUAAAACAUCUUAUUCAGAUACUGAAUUUAAAAAGUGCUGGGUAAAUAAGAGGAAGACCAGACGUACAGGAGUAGUAUCUACAUCUGAUAUUCCAUCAAGUUUGAGUAGAGCAUACACACAUAAGAUUCCUUUGUCGGAUGCCAAAAAGAAAGAUAUUAAAGAACUCGUGGACAAAAAUGUCAUUCCAAAGUCUUUUUAUGAUAUUUUUUACAAGAAUAUUUUGUGAUUUUUUUAAU